UAUUGCACUAGUGCAGCAGUGCAGGAAUAAAAAACAAACCUAUUGUGUUUUUAAUCUUGUGUCGUGAACAUGCUUUGAAGUUUUAUAACAAAUGUAUAUGAAUAAAACUUAGUAUAAUUAUUUUUAAAUUUAAAAUUUCUAUAUUCAAAUAUAUCUACAAUAAACUUUGUAAGUCUAUUUUGAGAAUUUUUAUAACCCAUGAAUCUAAUUAAAAUAAUUAACAGAAAAGUUUUAAUUGUCGUCAUAUCGAUAUGAUAGCUUUUCAUGUCGACACGUGAUUGGUCGCUCUGGCAAAUACAUACACAUUUGUCAGUUGUGCAAGUCAAAAUUUUAUAGGUUAAGUUCUGCAUCGAAUAUUGCAAAAUAUUGUAUAUCUAUAGUAGGACAAAAUAAAAUUCUGCUGCGAGCGUCAGUGGCUACUAAAAACGAGAAGAAUAAAUAUGUUUAAUAGUGUGAAACACUCGCUGAGAUGCAUUCCGAAUAAAUUUGGACAAUUGCUGGCAUACUUCUCGGCGGAGACGACACUCAAGAGCAAUCUGACACAGCGAGAAUGCACACGGGGCGCGUAUCCGCACGCGUGCGGACAGCCGACGUCCUUGACGCAUCCUCAUCUGAUCAAGCACGGCGAUGUGCUGCCAGGUAUAUCGCUUCAGGAAUUGAAGAGGCGGCGUUCGAGAUUGGUGGAGAGCGUUGCGCUGACGGCAAACGCCAAAAGCGCACGCAGACAGCAAAUAGUCGUUAUACCCGCGUCGUCCAAGGUCUACAUGUCGGACAAGAUACCGUAUGUGUUUCGGCAGAACACGGACUUUCUGUAUUUCUCUGGGUGCCAGGAGCCCGAUGGUAUCUUGGUGCUUACGUGCAAGGAGGACAAGUCAUUGUACACCUUAUUCGUGAAACCGAAAGACGAGCAUUCGGAAUUGUGGGACGGCCCAAGAACCGGUGUUGAAAUGGCGACCGAAGUGUUUGGCAUGGAUUACGCUUUGCCGAUCGGCGAAUUCGAACGGUUUCUGACUUCACUUGUACAGGAGGAUAAGAACAGCAUUGUAUGGUAUGAUCACGCUGAUGUUGUUCAACCAAUUUUGCAUAAGAAGAUGUGCCAUUUGAUCAAAUUGACGGACAAUCAAAUAUUUGCUUCCCCCAAGAUCUUGUUUCAUCAAAUUCGCUUAAUCAAGAGCACCUGCGAGAUCAACUUAAUGCAGGAGAGCUGCAGAAUUGCUUCUGAUGCAAUUGCAAAAACGAUUCAGCUUUCAAAACCAGGGAUGAGUGAGCAUCAGUUGUUCGCUACUGUAGAUUACGAAUGCCGUAUGCGUGGUGCUGAAUAUCUAGCGUAUCCUCCCGUCGUGGCUGCGGGCAGAAAUGCAAAUGUAAUACACUAUAUCAACAAUAAUCAAAUUGUACAAGAUGGUGACUUAGUCUUGAUGGAUGCAGGUUGCGAGUAUCAUGGUUACUCAUCCGAUAUAACGCGGACGUGGCCAAUCAAUGGAAAAUUUACACCAGAGCAAAAAGUUCUCUAUGAAAUAGUACUCGAUGUGCAAAAAAACUUGAUAGAAAGUCUGAAAAAAAUGCCGUCGUUGGACAACGUGUUCCGCCACAUGUGUUUUCUUCUAGGAGAAAGAUUGCAAGAGAUUGGCGUGAUACCAAAAAAUAUAGAUGAAAGCAAAUUAUUAGCAGCUGCGUACGCAUACUGUCCGCAUCACGUUAGUCAUUAUCUGGGAAUGGACGUGCACGACACGGGAAAAAUAUCCAGAAGCAUAAGAAUACAACCUGGAAUGAUAAUAACGAUGGAACCUGGUGUGUACAUAAGUCCGAAGACUCCUUACGCACCAUCGCACUUUCAUGGCUUAGGUAUCCGCAUAGAGGAUGAUAUUUUAGUAACAGAAAAUGGCGCAGAAGUCUUGACGAAAAAUUGUCCAAAGGAGAUAGCGGAGAUUGAAGCUCUAGCAAGCUAAGAAUCAUAGAUGUUUAAUAGUAAUUAAUACAAGUGUACAUACAGUAAAAUACAACGUAUUCCAUUUUUUAAUUUACAUGUAUAUUUACAUGUAUAUAAGAAAGUAUAAGUAUAUACGUGUAAAUACGUAGGCAAUUACUUAUUAAUUGUAUAUGAAAGCAAUUGUCAAAUCUUGGGGUUCUCUUUCAUAUACAAACUGUUGGAUAUAUUUUUAUAAAUAUUUAAUAUGACUUUUUUUUAUGUUCUUCCAAACCCAACUUUCUCACUUAUUUAUGACACAUUUAUCUUAUAGAUAGACAUGUUGAAAAAUCGUUUUGCACAACGUGGCUCUGUAUACAUGUAUUAUAUAAUUAUAUUGUUUCAUUUAGUGUGUUAUUGCAAGUAAUAUAAUUGCAUAAUAUAUAGAAA